AAAAUUUAAGGCUAAAAAUUUUUGGUAUAAACUAUGAAUUUGAUUCUAUUUGGCCCAAAUUGAGCAUCUAUUUCCUCAUGGCAGAACCUACUGAAGAACACUCUAAAGUAUCUUGGGCAGUUCCUCCUCUUGACUUUUCAUUUAAACAAAUAGCUGACGAAACUGACAUUUUUACCCAAAAACCAAGUAAGAAUCGGCUGGGUACUGGUCCAAAAGUUGGAGAAGAUGGCAAGUACAAUGCUGCAGCUGUGUGGUUAGGCAACAAUAAGCUACAGACUACUAGAGAUGCGGCAGCCAUCUUGAAUCUGCUUCUUGUUGCUCCAAUCAAUCUUGUUUGGCUCGACCUUUCUUACAACAAGAUAUACGAUAUCGAUGUGCAAAUCCUGCACUUCAAGAACCUGAAGAUUCUUUAUUUACAUGGUAAUGUAAUUUACAACCUGGAAGUGGUGACUCAACUUCAACCACUUCAGGAGCUCCGUUCACUCACUCUCCAUGGCAACCCUAUGGAUUCCCUGCCACAAUAUCGCACGACAGUACUCCAUCUACUACCUCAGCUUACUAGUCUGGAUUUUGUACGAGUCGUAAGAUCUGAGCGUCUAGGAAAACCUCCUCAGUGGCACCAAGAUAUUGUUAGAGGAAAGAAAAAGUCUCUGCCCAAGGAUUGAUUCUGAUUGCCACUGGUACACAUGGAGGAAGGAAUGGACAAAAAUA